AUGACUACCAUCACAAAAGAUGUUAUGUUGAAGAAACUUGCUGAUUGGACCUGCAUUCUGAUAAAUAAAGUGGGAGUAAGGAGUGGCAGUUCCAGUUGGGAAAAAUUUAAGGUGGUUGUUGAAAGAGAUGCACAUCUUCCAGUUGGUUACGUUCAGUGCCAAAAUGGAAAUUGUGGAGCAUUGCUUGCUUACAAAGGAAGCACAACUGGAAUGAACAGACAUAAAUGUAAGGAUAACCGACACUUUUCAAGCGUUGCAGCUGCCAGUGUUGAUAAAAUAUCUAUUAGGGAGAAAUGUGUUUUAAUGUGUGCAACAGACCUCCGACCAUUUAAUAUGGAGCAAAUCAGCGCCCAAGACGUCCUACCUUCCCCAAGGACUGUAGCACGACGUAUUAAGGAAUUGGCUGAUCAAGUCAGUAGUGAACGUAUUCCAGUAUUGAAAGACGCAAUUGGUAAAAACCCGUGUUCAAUGACGUGCGAUCCGUGGACAGACAGUUAUCGUAAGACCUAUUACCUGACUGUCACAUCCAUCUAUAUUGAUGAGUCGACGGACAAAUGGAAAAUAAAAAACAGUGUACUCUUAACUAAGAGGUUUCUUGAAGUUGCCAAGACUGGUGAACAUAUCAUUACGGAAAUACAUGAACAAAUGGCAGAGUUGCAGAUAACGUCCUCGGAACUAAGACAGGUUACUUUCGAUACAGAUCAGGGAGCUAACAUCAAGAAAGGACUAGAAGCGCACAAACGACUCCCAUGUGUGAUGCACUGUAUUAAUACAGCACUGAGGCACACAUUCAAUGAAGGUUUCUUAGUGGAUGAGAUUCCUGCAGCGUAUGACUCCAUCCUGACUAUACGUAAACUAGUAGGCUUUAUGAAGCGAUCUGGCUUAGUCGCGAGAUUAGAUAAAACCUUACACCAUGAUGUAGAAACCAGGUGGAACAGUGUGUACAUGAUGUUAGACUCAUUCCAUUCAUAG